AUGGCAGCCCUUCUGCUGCUCGGGCUGCUCGCGGCGCCGGCCCUCGCCCUGCGCGGGGCCGAGUCGCCGUGGGCCUGGAACAUUGCUGUUAUCUACAAAAGAAACAACCCAUUCUCCGUCGCGGCGAAGGACGCCGUGAAGGCGAACCUCUGCGCGCGCUUCGCCAUCUCGCCCUGCGAAGUAACACCGAACGGCAAGCCCGGCGACAUCUACCUCGCGGCGGACCUCGACGUGCACGUGCCGCACAAGUACUUUAGCGACGUCAUCGUCUGGCUCCAGCUCCAGCGGUCGAAGACGGUCAACGGCGGCGGCUACGACCUCGACGUCCUCGCGGCGCCGGACCUCGGCGAGGGCGACUGGCCCGCGGGCAAGGCGCCGUCGGAGCUCGCGGUCUACGCCGGGUUCCCGACGUCCAAGAACACGAACCGCUUCCCCGCGGCGGGCGUCGCCGCGGCGCGCGCGGCGCCCGCCGUCGCCGCGCCGGAGACGCACAACACGACGUGCGGCAACGCGUGCGACGCCGCGGACUCGGGCUGCGCCCACACCUGCGACUACCUCGUCCACACGAUGAACCUGUCCUGCGCCGAGAACUACGCGCCGGGCCAAAAGUACGAGGGCUGGUGCGACGAGACGUGCGGCUACGGCGGCUGCGAAGACGACGCGUGGGCGACGAGCUGCUCCUACGACGCGACGUGCUACGCGCCCUACGUGAACAACACGGGCUGCACGGGCGACGCCCAGGUCGCGUCCAUGCACUUCCACUUCUACUACGUGCCCAACGCGAACGCGAGUUUGGACAAGGUGAACGCGUUCACCGACGCGGCGACGACGGAGCUCGAACUAGACGCGCUCACGUGCCCGGACAACAACGGCCACGAGGAGCCCCACAACAUCACGUGCUGGCUCGUCGGGCCCGGCGAGUCGGGCCCGAUGCCCGCGCCGCCGCAGUGGACGCCAGCGUGGACGCAGGACCACGGCACGUCGUCCUUCGACUUCUCGACGUUCUCCCUCUUCGUCGUGCGCGAGGACCUGGCGGACGUGCUCCAGUACGUCUUGUCGAACAAGCCCGCCGACGUCGACUUCCUCGUGCACCCGAACACGGGCUGCUCCUACGCGGACCACGUCGACUGGGGUUUGCACGCGACGAACGGCGCCACCAAGUACACGGUCGCGAACCGCUUCGGCACGGCCGACGAGGGCGGCUGGGAGGACGAGACGACGGCGCCGCCGAACGACGGCGACUCGGCGGGCUGGGCGGCGGCGAACAUUCCCGAGCCCGAGGAGUGCAGCGCCGUGCCGUCGGCGAACGGCACCGCGGGCUACGCCGGCUUCGAGAUCCACUUCGUCUACGACCCGACGCCGGGCACGCCCGGCCGGUCCUUGGCCGCGGACAUGGUCGAGACCCUCAAGGAGACCUUCGCCGCGGAGGUCGCGUCCGGCGCGGUGCUCGUCGCGUCCCCCCAGCUCGACGCCUACGCGGACCCGACGUCGCCGUUCCUCGCCGCGCACACGAACGUCAAGCUCGUCGGCGGGCCCGCGACGCUCGGCGCCGUGCUGCCCUGGGUCCUCGGCGUCCGCGCGAGCCACGCGGACUUCGCCGCGCACGUCGACGUCGUCGUCGCGCCGCGCGGGCCGUCGAGCGGCCGCGACCCGGCCUGCGGGCCCGGCGACUACGUCGGCCGGUCGCUCUACGCGGGCCGCCGCUGGCAGUUCAACGAGGCCAUGAACGGCGCCGCCGAAGCCGUCGACGCGGCCCCCGCGGUCCGCGCGGUCGAGCGUCCGGAGGCGCCCGCGACGAACGCGGCGCUCUACCUGCUCAGCGCGCCGAACAACGCGUACCAGCGCGCGGCCCUCGCGAACGCGUCCGCGGCCCUCGAGGCCCUCUUCGCCCUCGAGAGCUGCGGCGUCGACGCGCCCUACCUCGAGCCCGCGGGCCUCGAGAACAGGCUCUGCGCGCUCGGGUCGAACGACGCGCCCUACCACGACGAGGCCGAGGCGUUCCUCGUCGCCUACGCCGCGUACCACGUCCCCGCGGGCCGCCUCGCCGAGGUCCUCUCGGCGGCCAUGGCCCUCAAGGCCGCGGCGGGCAACGGCAUCUACAACGUCGACCUGCUCCUCGCGCCGCUCACCGGCGACGCGAAGGCCGACUACGGCGCCGCGGCCCUCAAGGGCGGCAGCGACUGGCGCAUGAACGCCGCGGCGCUCUCGGCGCCGACGCGGCAGGAGACGCCCACGCCCACGCAAACGUACCUGCCGACGCGGCCCGCGCGGCCGCUCGUCAUCACCGUGCGGUCGUCGCUCAUCUUCGCGAGCCUCGACGCCGCGGCGUUCAACGCCGACGCGGCGGCCGCGGCGGAGUUCGCGCGGCUCGUCGCGCGCGCGAGCCGCGACGUCGACGCGCGCGACGUCUCCGACGUCCGCGCGACGGCCUGGACGAGCGACAGACGGCGGCUCGACCGGCGGCGGCUCGCGGCGGCGGCCAAGGUCGCCUACGCCGCGGAGGUGUCGACGUUCGCCUUCGGGACGAACGCGGGGCCCGAGGCCGAGACGGCUGCGGUGCUCGCCGACUUCGAGGCGGACCUCGCCGCCGCGGUGUCCGGCGGCUGGGCGGCCCUCGUCGAGAACGUCACGGGCGACGCGAACGCGUCCGCGUGGCUCGCCAUCGACGCGGCCGCGUCGCUCGACGCCGUCGCCGCGAGCUACUCGAACUUCACGUCGCCGUCGCCGUCCGACGACGACGGCGGCGCGCCCUGGGACGUCUUCUACGGCGUCACCGCCGCCGUCGGCGUCGUGGCCGUCGCCGCGUCCGUCGCGACGACGGCAUGGCUGCGGAGGGGCUGCGCCGCGCGGCUGAAACCCGCGCGGCGCGUCCAGCCCAUCAUCCCCGAGGCGAAGCUCGAGGGCUACAAGCCGCCGGCGUGGGCCUUCGAUUAA